CUGAGAAAUAUUAACUCUAUAAAUUGUAAACACCGAGAAGCAUUCACAAAGUUAAGAAGCACAAUGAAGAUUUUCUUCCUUUGUUUUUUUGCCGCUUUGGCAUGUCAAGUGUUUUCUUUAUCAAUCGUGACAACGUCACCGAGCACUGAUGAAGAUCCAGUUAUCAGCAGCAUUGAUGAAGCCCUUUCGGAUUUGAAGAAACUAAAUGACAAUGUGACUAAUAACAAUGUUUCUAGCAACAAAGUAAAGUCGUUAAUAUACCGUGUUAUGGGAAGUUUACAAGAAAUAGUCGAUCCAAAAAAUAUUGUCCAUGAUGAAGUACCAUCAACAAGAAGCGUAAAAUUGUCGCCCUUCAAUGCAACUCAUCAAAAUAAAUCCCUUAUCAAAAAGACAACUUUCGCUGAUGAAGAGAGGAAAGCAAUGGAACAUCGCGACACUUCUGCGAACCCGAAAAAUUUCAUCAUCAAAAAUAAUUAUCAAGUUCAUUUUGAGCCAGAAGAGGAGGCUACUUUGAGCCCUCCUGCUGUUAAAAAUAAUUUCAAUUCAUAUUCAAAAGAGCUUCACGAUAUUAACCACCCCCUUGUUCGUAAUUAUAUAGAGGGAAUAAAAGAAACUGUUCGUCCUAAGAAAACUCUGAAGCCUCUUCCCAAAUAUACUGUCGAGUUUAUUAAGUCUCGUCAUCCUGUUACCGAACGUUCGAGAGAUUUUGAUAGCUAUGCCUAUGAUCAAGCCGAUCGAACUGAUACAGCCGAUCGAAUUGUUACAGCCAAUCGAGCUGGUGCUAAUGCAGCCCAUCAAGCCGAUCAAUACGAUCAAUUAUCCCAGUACAUAAAAAAAUUAUCCUGGCUAAAAAAUCAAAUUGAUCUGCUGGAAAAAGGAUUUUUCCUUGAUGCCACAUUUGAUCAAGAAAUACCUGAAAAAUAUUUUAGAUUUUUUAAUCCGCAGCAGCAGCAAUAUUUGCAGGAAUUGAGAUUGCUGGACCAGCAGGAAAUGCAGCUGCCCAGAGAUGACGAUUUCUGAUCGAAUUUUAGAAAAAGACGUAUUGUAUUUUGAAAAUAAAUAAAUUGAAGAUUAAUUUU